UGCUCCCCUUUAAAUAUUCUUGUCACACCUCCUUAUAUUUUCUCAAAUUUUGUCAUUAGGAAAAUGCCUUUUUCCUCCUUUUCAAUAUCUACAAAAUUUGCAUCCCCUUAUUCUUUCCUUCCAACCUUUGACUCUCUAAUAUUUCCGAUGGAUAAACAGGAAAACCCCGCCGGAAAAUCACCAAGGAGAGAGCUCCAAGGACCCCGUCCGUCCCCACUUAAAGUACGUAAAGAUUCUCACAAGAUCAGAAAACCACCCAUGGCGCCAUCACAACACCACCAUCAACCACCACAAGCUCCGCCACGACCACCGGUCAUUAUAUAUACCGUGUCUCCCAAGGUAAUCCAUGCAAACCCUAGCGAGUUCAUGACAUUAGUUCAAAGACUCACGGGGCCGGAUCAUAAUUCGGCCACGUGUUCCACAUCGGCAACUGCCACAUCAUCAUUUUCGUCCUCUUCAUCCUCGUUAUUUCCUUUCCAAGAAAAUAUGAACACCGGGGCGAUAUCCCCGGCUGCUAGGUUUGCGUCGAUAGAGAAAACAAGGGUACCUGAAGGGAAAAAAUUACAAAAAAAUUGUGAUAAUAUGGAAAAUUAUAAUAAUAUGGUACAUGAAGGUAUAGAAAUAGGGACAGAAAUUGAACGUAGUGGAUUUUUUCCUGGAAUUUUAUCACCAAAUCCAUCUUCACUUCCACCUAUACCACCAAAUUUCUUUUCACCACCAUCACAUGAUCCAAAUCCACUAGGGUUUUUUUAUGACUUAAGUCCCGUGUUACAUAGUAACAACAACAACAACAGAAAUUAUUUUGAAUUACCAAAUUUCUUACCUAGCCCUUCGAAUAAUAAUUUCAUUUCUCCAAGAUUAUUUUUAUCUCCAGGUACUCCAUCUUUUGACCUUUUCAAUAACUUAUUCGACGUUUAAUAUAUCUAAUUAACUAGCCAUGUAAAGAAGGAAACAUAGAAAUGGAAUUUGAGCUUCGAAGUUCUUCAAUGACAAAAGGGUGGAAUUCAAUGGGCAGAAAUGGAAUUUCUGAUGUUUUGUAAAGGUUGUCAAACAGCAGCUAGGAUGGGACAAAAAGUCAAACAUCAGCUAGGGUGCUUCUCACAAGUGGAGGUUCUUUGUUAUUUUACUAUUUUACCCUUUUGUAUUUGAAAUUAUUGGCCAUUUUAUCAG